AUGGGAAACUUUCGCAUUAGGCCGCCUGGCGUGCGGCACGCUUUCCCAAAACUGGGAACAUAUCGGACUGUCAUGUUCCGCCGAAUGAAUCUUCUCAACUGGCCUCCAGAGGAUGCCUCUCCGCUGCACCCUAUCGAGCCCUGGGGCAGGCAGUUCUUCGUCUUCAACGCCUUCGCCACGAUCGACCCUGCGGAGUGGUCUGGUCCUCGCGGCCCUUGUCCGCGCAUUCCUCCUCUCGCCAAGCCCGCCCCAGACGCAGCGACUCUGGCUGCGUCGUCUUCUUCCCUUCUCUCUGCUCUGAAGCAAACGAAGGAGCCGAGCGCGACGCGCACAGUCAUGUGCGUGACGGACUUUGCGCAGCGCCCGCUGAUGUUUCUGGGCAAGGAGGACUUCCUGGCGCUGAAAAAGAAUCUGCCGCGCAUGAAGGAGGAGUUGAAGGCGUUCAGAGAACGCAUCAAGCCUAACCCGAUACAUGCGCAAUACGACCUGCGGCGGAAGCUCCUCGUCUACCCGCGGCAGGGCAUGCAGCGUCUGAAGACUGGCGAGCACGGUGGCUACGGAACGCGGCGUGGAACCAUCCGCGAGAGAAAAACCUAG